AUAGUUUAGCAAGGCCUGAUGCCUCUGGAGCGUUUUCCCUUUAUAGCACCAUUGAAUCCCAGUCCUAGCAGAAGUGCUGCGAAUCUUGUGGCCUCAUUUUGAACAAAAGGGAUUAGAGAAGAAAAAUCUCUUGAUAUAAGGCUUGAAAGCAAGGGCAGGCAAUCUUGGUUGUGAAUAUUUUCUGAUUUUUCCAGAAAUCAAGCAGAAGAUUGAGCUGCUGAUGUCAGUUAACUCUGAGAAGUCGUCCUCUUCAGAAAGGCCGGAGCCUCAACAGAAAGCUCCCUUAGUUCCUCCACCACCACCUCCACCACCACCGCCACCUUUGCCAGACCCCACGCCCCCAGAGCCAGAGGAGGAGAUCCUGGGUUCAGACGAUGAGGAGCAGGAGGACCCCGCAGACUACUGCAAAGGUGGCUAUCAUCCAGUGAAAAUUGGAGACCUUUUCAAUGGCCGGUAUCAUGUUAUUAGGAAGCUAGGAUGGGGACACUUCUCUACUGUCUGGCUUUGCUGGGAUAUGCAGGGGAAAAGAUUUGUUGCAAUGAAAGUUGUAAAAAGUGCCCAGCAUUAUACGGAGACAGCCUUGGAUGAAAUAAAAUUGCUCAAAUGUGUUCGAGAAAGUGAUCCCAGUGACCCAAAUAAAGACAUGGUAGUACAGCUAAUUGAUGACUUCAAGAUUUCAGGCAUGAAUGGAAUCCAUGUCUGCAUGGUCUUCGAAGUGCUUGGCCACCAUCUCCUCAAAUGGAUCAUUAAGUCCAACUAUCAAGGCCUUCCUUUACGUUGUGUGAAGAGUAUCAUUCGACAGGUACUUCAGGGGUUAGAUUAUCUACACAGUAAAUGCAAGAUCAUUCAUACUGACAUAAAGCCGGAAAACAUCUUGAUGUGUGUGGAUGAUGCGUACGUGCGCAGAAUGGCAGCCGAGGCCACGGAGUGGCAGAAAGCGGGCGCUCCUCCGCCGUCAGGGUCUGCAGUGAGUACGGCUCCACAGCAAAAACCUAUAGGAAAAAUUUCUAAAAACAAAAAGAAAAAACUGAAAAAGAAGCAGAAAAGGCAGGCUGAGUUACUGGAAAAGCGCCUGCAGGAAAUAGAAGAAUUGGAACGCGAAGCUGAAAGGAAAAUAAUAGAAGAAAACGUCACAUCAGCUGUACCUUCGAAUGAGCAAGAUGAUGAAUACCACCCAGAGGUGAAACUAAAAACAGCAGCGCUGGAGGAGGCUGCUGAGGGAGAGCCUGCGCUGGACAACGGUGAAGCUGAGGACCAGGAAGAGAAAGAAGAUGCUGAGAAGGAAAACAUCGAGAAGGAUGAAGACGAUGGUGAGCAGGAGCUCGAGAACAUAGAUCCCACGUGGAUAGAAUUGCCCAGAACCAAUGGCCACAUUGGGAACGGCCCAUUCCUGUUGGAGCAGCAGCUGGAUGACGAAGAUGACGACGACGAAGAUUGCCCAAAUCCUGAUGAGCCCAACGCAGAAAGUGAUUACACGUACAGCAGCUCCUAUGAACAAUUCAAUGGUGAAUUGCCAAAUGGACGACAUAAAAUUCCCGAGUCACAGUUUCCAGAGUUUUCCACAUCAUUGUCCUCUGGGCCCUUAGAACCUGUGGCUUGUGGCUCUGCACUUUCCGACGGAUCCCCGCUUACUGAGCAGGAGGAGAGCAGCCCGUCCCACGACAGGAGCAGGACGGUUUCGGCCUCCAGCACCGGGGAUUUGCCAAAAACCAAAACCCGGGCAGCGGACUUACUGGUGAAUCCCCUGGAUCCACGGAACGCCGAUAAAAUUAGAGUUAAAAUUGCUGACCUGGGAAAUGCUUGUUGGGUGCACAAACACUUCACAGAAGACAUCCAGACACGUCAGUACAGAUCCAUAGAGGUUUUAAUAGGAGCAGGUUACAGCACCCCUGCUGACAUCUGGAGCACGGCCUGUAUGGCCUUUGAGCUGGCGACCGGAGAUUAUUUGUUUGAACCGCAUUCUGGAGAGGACUAUUCCAGAGACGAAGACCACAUAGCCCACAUCAUAGAGCUGCUAGGCAGUAUCCCAAGGCACUUUGCUCUGUCUGGAAAAUACUCUCGGGAAUUCUUCAAUCGCAGAGGAGAGCUGCGGCACAUCACCAAGCUGAAGCCCUGGAGCCUCUUUGAUGUACUUGUGGAAAAGUAUGGGUGGCCCCAUGAAGAUGCUGCACAGUUUACAGAUUUCCUGAUCCCGAUGUUAGAAAUGGUUCCAGAAAAACGAGCCUCAGCUGGCGAAUGCCUUCGGCAUCCUUGGCUGAAUUCUUAGCAGAUUCUACAAAUAUAGCGUUCUGAGCUAGCAAAUGUUUUCCAGUACAUUGGACCUAAACGGUGACUCUCAUUCUUUUAACAGGAUUACAAGUGAGCUGGCUUCAUCCUCAGACCUUUAUUUUGCUUUGAGGUACUGUUGUUUGACAUUUUGCUUUUGUGCACUGUGAUCCUGGGGAAGGGUAGUCUUUUAUCUUCAGCUUAGUAGCUCACUGGCCCACUUUCUUCUGGAAACAAUACCAUGUCCCUCAGCAUUGUUUCUUGUGUUGUGUGACAUUCAAAUGCCAGGUUUUGUUUUUUUUUAAAGAAAAAUACUUUCCCCCUUGUGUUUUGGCAGGUUUUGUAACUAUUUAUGAAGAAAUAUUUUAGCCGAAUACUAUAUAAUUUACAAUCUUAAGAAAUUAUCAAGUUGGAACCAAGAAAUAGCAAGGAAAUGUACAAUUUUAUCUUCUGGCAAAGGGACAUCAUUCCUGUAUUAUAGUGUAUGUAAAUGCACCCUGUAAAUGUUAAUUUCCAUUAAAUAUAGGAUGGGAACUCCAAUUUCAGAAAAGUUACCAGGUCUUGAGUGCUUUGUAGCCUAAGUUGCAUGUAGUGGACUUAGCUCCAGGGAGUUAUACAAAAUUCAUUCCAUAACAGUCCUUUUUCUGUGGAUUUUAAACAGAGUGGCUCUGGGUUAUGUCAUUCCCUAUAUGGCACCUAAAGAGAGAAAAAAGCAUACUUCCCAUUCUAAAGUACGUUUUAUAGUUUAGCAUUCCUUUUCCUGUUUUUGCAUAUUUUAAAAGUACUUUUAAGAAGAAAAAACAACAGCCAUUUCCCUUUAAAAAUGAGCUGGCCUGGUGCCAUGUGGUGUUGCCUCUUCCAAACACUAAGUUAAAGUCUACGUAGAUUAAACUGGACAAGAGAAACAUGUUCAGUGUGUGAAAUGAAAAAAUACAUAUUUUUGGAAAAUCUUGCUUGUGUUUGUCUAGAAACCAAGGUAUGGUAUAUGCAAUUUGCAGUGUAAUGGGCAGAAUAUUAACAACUCAGAGGUAACAGUGAUCACGUUCAUUCUGUAGGCAUUUUUUAUGUGUGACUACAACAAAUUUUACUAGUUUGUCUUUUCGUGCAUUGAAGUUGAGAAAUUGAUUUUCCCUUUGCAGGUUGUACACAGUUUUAUCAUUUCUUUAAAAUUGUAGAAUCUAGGACACAAACCAUAGUAGGCAAUACAGUUUUAGGAUAUAAUAUACAAGAGGUCUAUUUAGCCUCUUUUAGAAGUCAGUGGAUUGAAUGCCAGUUUUGGGUGUUUUUUUUUUUAAAUUUUACAUUUAAGGUGCCUCCUUUUUCUUGACUUUGUCUAUUAACAUUUAUCCAUAUGCCUUUGCAAUAACUAGAUUGUGAAAAGAGAACAAGUGUUGUAACAAUAAUCCAUUGUUUGAGGUGCUUGCAGUUGUUUUAAAAAUUAAAGUGUUUUUGGGUUUUUUUCCCCCCAGACGCCUUGGUCAUUGGCCUAUAUUUGAAUCCAUAGAAUGAAAAAACAUUUGCUAUCCUUUCAGUGUAGUGUACUCAAAACUAAAGUAAAUAUCAACAUUCCUGUUGCAAGAAAUGUAGUUCUAUAACAUGAAUUAAGGCUUUAUACAAGGAAGUCACUCAUUGUUUUGUAAGGGUAUAGAAUAUGGAUUCAGAGAAGAUGCUGCAGUAUGGAUUUAAUACCUAGGAUCUCAGUGAUCCCUUUUCAUUUAUGUUUAAUGAAAAACAUUACUUAUACUUUGAGUAUUACAAUUCUUUUUCAACAGUGUUCACUGUGAGGGAACAAUACAUAUAAUUCUCUUUGGAGUGAGCAUUAUAUCACCUAUUACUGUGAGGUGGAACAUACUGUUCAUUUAUGAAACGUGCUUGUACAUUUUUCUAAUGAGGCUAUAGGUUAUCAUACAGGUUUUGUGACAGAUGGUGGCUGUAGACCAGCGAUGCUAUCCAACAUUCCCAUAGGAACCAUAAUAAUUUUUAUCAGGGCUAUAGCACACUUGAAUGAAAUUUAUCUAAUGCAAUUUUGGCUGUUAGAAAAUUAACUAGAUUAUGAAUUUUGGAAGGAUCUGUCCCUCAUGAUAAAAUAGUCUACCUAGUUUACAAUGUAAAAAACAAUUAUUCUUGCCCUGGCCAGGUGGCUUGGUUGGUUGGAGUGUUGUCCUGUACACCAAAAGGUUGCAGGUUUGAUUCCUGGUCAGGAUACAUACCUAGGUGUGGGUGUGAUCACCAGUCAGGGUGCGUACAGGAAGUAACAGAUGGAUGUUUCUCUCUCACAUCAAUGUUUCUCUUCCUCCCUCCCUCCCGCCUUCCCUCCCUCUGAAAUCAGUGGAAACACAUUUUCAAGUGAAGAUUUUUUAAAAAAUGAAACAACUGCUCUAUAAGGAAUAUACAUUUGUUUUAGGUACAGUGUGGUUUUUAGCAGAUUCUUGGUGGCUUAAUGAUAAUGUAUACUAUAAGCUAAAGAACUGCCGGUUAUGCAAAACACUAUAGCCAGUGAUUUUAGUUGAAUGUUCUAUCUUUUCCUCUAGUCCAUGUAAAGUCUUCAUGGAAAAAUGACAAGCAGUGGAUUAUAGCAGAUUCAGAAGCUGGCUGUCUGGAAAUUAGAACUUCCCAAAGGCAGAGAAAAGGUCAAUAUAAGAGCUUCAAAAAAGCAUACAUUUUUAAAGGUGAAAACUGAUUUACUAACUUGCUUCUUCCUGUACCUGGAUCAUAUAUAUAUAGUUAACAUAACUACUGGUUUCUGCUGGGGUAGAGAGCUUUAGUUUAUAUCUACAGUUGAAAUUAAUUCCUAAAUUCCACCUUUUUCUUCCAUUAAUUUUUUUUAACCUUAAUGAAAUUUUGAGUAUUUUGAGAAUGUAUGCAUCCUUCAUUAUCAAGUCAAUUAAUUAUAUAUGAUUCUGCAGUUGACAGAAAAGAUUCUAUAUACAUUAUUUAGUAGGCAAUCCAUGAGGAAUUGAAAAUCCUUUAAAGAGAUGAAGAUGUUUCACUAUGCUUAGUUAACUUUGUUCUAGUGUUUGAAACUGUUGGGUUGGGUAAUGUGAAGCCAUUUCUCCUUGGACAAGUGUUUCUUUUGGUAAAGUAGAAUUUUGUUCGAUAAAGGCAAGGGUAGUAAAGUUGACCCAAGUUCUCCUAAAACUUGAAGCUGAUUAGGAUUGAUCUCUAAACGCAGCUGUGUUAAUGUACUAUCAUUAGCUAUUUGGAAAUGGAAAUUAAAAUGUAUAACAUGAC